AUGCUUAAAGGUCUAACAUGGCAAACGCUACGUGCCAAUUAUUCAUUGGUACCACUUUUUUCCGUUGUCACUCUCGGUUUAGCGAUGGGAAUUGGUCAUUCUAUUCGUACUUUGACAUUUUCAACAGAUGUUACAGUUAACCGACGUAAAGACGAACGACCCUGGGAUGAUCAACUCAACAAUGAUGGCACUUUCAAACAUGCUAAAUACAUUAAACUUCAUGAUUAUCGCCAAUUAAAAAAGAAUCCCUAUGAACCAAAACUCGACGAAUAA